AUGAGCCAAACAGUGACCACCACUAUUGAAUACGAAGUCAAGGACAUGAGCCUUGCUUCUUUGGGCCGUAAGAGAAUUGAAAUGGCUGAAAAGGAAAUGCCUGGCUUGAUGGCUUGCAGAGCCAAAUACGGUGAAGAAAAGCCAUUGAACGGAGUCAGAAUCACCGGAAGUCUCCAUAUGACCGUUGAAACUGCUGUUCUCAUUGAAACCCUCAAGACUGUCGGUGGUAACAUUCGUUGGUGCAGCUGUAACAUUUUCUCCACUCAAGAUGAUGCUGCUGCCGCUAUUGCUGCUGCCAAUACACCAGUCUUUGCUUGGAAGGGUGAGACUUUGGUUGAAUAUUGGGAUUGUACCUGGAAGGCUAUUCGAUUCGGACCAUAUCAAGGACCACAAUUGAUUGUCGACGAUGGUGGUGAUGCUACCUUGUUGAUCCACAGAGGAUACCAAGCUGAAAAGGAUGCAAGCAUUUUGGAUGAAGACGGAGGUGUUGAAGAAUUGAGAAUUGUCAACAACUUGUUGAAGAGAAUUUUGAAGGAAGAACCUGGAUUCUUUAGCAAGAUUGUUCCAGAAAUCAAGGGUGUUUCCGAAGAGACUACCACUGGUGUUCACAGAUUGUAUGCUAUGCAAAAGCAAGGUACUUUGUUGUUCCCUGCUAUUAACGUGAACGACUCUGUUACCAAGAGCAAGUUUGACAACAUUUACGGAUGUCGUCACUCCUUGUUGGAUGGUUUGAACAGAGCUACUGAUGUCAUGUUGGCUGGUAAGGAGUGUGUUGUCUGCGGUUUCGGUGAUGUCGGUAAGGGAUGUGCUGAAGCUUUGAAGGGACAAGGUGCCAGAGUUAUUGUUACUGAAAUUGACCCAAUUAAUGCUCUCCAAGCUUGUAUGGCUGGUUACACUGUCAAGACUGUUGAGGAUUGUUUGGCUACUGCUGAUAUCUAUGUCACUGCCACUGGUAACAAGGAUAUCAUUACUCUUGAUCACAUGAAGAAGAUGAAGGAUAUGGCCAUUAUUUGUAACAUUGGUCACUUUGACAAUGAAAUUGAUGUCCUCGGUUUGAAGACCUGCGAAGGUGUUAAGGAAAUUAACAUUAAGCCUCAAGUCGAUCAAUUCUUGUUCCCUGAUGGACACUCCAUCGUUUUGUUGGCUCAAGGACGUUUGGUCAAUUUGGGUUGUGCUACUGGUCACCCUGCUUUCGUCAUGUCUGCUUCAUUCACUAACCAAACUUUGGCUCAAAUUUCCUUGUGGAAGGACAAGUAUGAAAUUGGUGUCUACACUUUGCCAAAGGUUUUGGACGAAGAAGUUGCCAGACUUCACUUGGAGAAGCUUGGUGCCAAGUUGACCAAGUUAACAUCUUCUCAAGCUGACUACAUUGGUGUCAAUACUAACGGCCCAUACAAGGCAGAUCACUACAGAUAUUAA